GCAUGUCUGAGCUUGUCUGAACUUGCAUGCGACGUCGACUUGACAAUGUCAAUGGCAUGUUUACCCUUGCCGGAGCGGACUUGGUGUGCAGGAAUGGAAGCUUGUGCUGAAGCUGUUGCAGAUGCCAAAGGUCGUGGAUGCCGCCACAGCAUUCAGAGAACUCCCUGUUGUGUUCAUAGAGCCACCAAAUGAGCAAAUCGACCCAAUGCGGGAUCGUGGCCAUGGGUCGUCAUCCAUGCCUAGUUCUACCGACGGAGAUAAUUUGCGCCAUAAUGGUCGUGCUUGUGUUAGUGACUGUGGCAUGUCAUAUGGAAACCGGGGAACUGCAACUCCUCCGCGAAACUCUUUGGGUCUAAGAGCAGAUGGUUUAGCACCACGAGUUGUGUACGUCUACCAAAGAGAGCAUGGAACUGUUCUCCCUAAUCUUGUCGAGCCUCAUGAUGCUACUUGUCACAUAAGUAGCUUGCUUGACAUCUUUACAGUUACGUGUGGGAUGAUGUGGGUGUCAAUGCCUGUUUUUGAUUUCAGAACGAGCGUGGGCCACUUGGACCAUGAAGAUUGUGUGGCAAACGGCAUCAGCGCUAUGGUUGCGUCACUAGGGCCGGCAAGCGUUGCAUAUGAGUUGCACAUCAUCGGAGCUUUUGAUGAUUCACAUUCAUGCAUUGAGGACGACAAAGAAGUAAUUCUUGUUGAUGAGGAUGUGGAUGGCGAUGGUGACGGUGACGACAGUGACAGCAGUGAUGAUGAUGAUGAAUGGCCCCUGGAUGAUGCCAUGCCCAUGAACCGGACUUCCAGUGUCGUGCUUGAGGAGGUUGAUGAAGUAGAUGAGGAGAGAGUAACAGGAAUGGGUGCCACAAGUGAUGCUUUUUCAAGAUCUGCAUGGGAAAGUGGUAGCAGUAGCCAUGUCAGGAACAUCACAUCUGAGGCUGGGGUUGUUUCAACUCUCGCCAGCUGCAGUGCCAUUGAGGACGAUGGAUGUGUGAGCAGAAAUGAACAGGGUGAGGCGGGAGCAACGUCUGCAGAGGACAGGAAAGGAAAGAGGAUUCUGGAUUGGGAGUACGACAGUGGAAGACACAGGCAGAUGGACAGAAUGGAAGGGCACAAAGAGCAUGGGGCCACAGCAGCUGUCGUAAAAGUAAGUGGCGGGGGCAACGACGGUGCUGGUGACGGGUUCCCAGGGCACUCCUGGCCACUUGCAACAGUGUUAAUCAACUGCCUUCAUCGCUCAUCAGUUGUCUUCGAGUUGAGGACAGCUUGCAUUCUGCACCUGAACACUUCUGUUGGUGCCAACGGUGCCUCGUUUCCGAUUGUCAGAGGAUUUGGGGUAGUCCCAACAACUGGCAGAAUAUUUCCUGCCCAAUUUGCCCCAGAGGCUCGUUGCCCAGAUGUCAUUGUGAGAGGGGUAUUUGUCACACUCGGAAGCGAUAAUUACCAGGCCAAAGGCACUCUGAUUGGACCUUACGAUACAAACACAGACAGCUUCAGGAUCGGCCCCUACCAGUAUGUUUCUGUAUCACGUCCACCCAAUCAGCACGACCCCUCUGAUUGUACUGGUUGUCUUUUCUAAAGUUUUUUUUGUUUCUAGCGCCAUCGUUUGACU